AUAAUGUGUUGAUAUUUCCAGGCUAAUCUUGUACAACUAUUGAGAGAUUCUCAGGACCGCAAUAAACAUCUGGGAGAAGAAAUUAAAGAACUUCAGCAAAGGCUUGGAGAAGUCCAGGGCGAUAAUAAGCUCUUGAGGAUGACAAUUGCCAAACAAAGGCUUGGAGAUGAAGAAAUCGGUGUGCGGCACUUUGCAGCCCAUGAGCGUGAAGAUUUGGUCGAGCAGCUGGAGAGAGCUAAGGAGCAGAUUGAGUCUUUGGAGCAUGACCUGCAGGCUUCUGCGGAUGAGCUUCAGGAUGUGAAAGAAGAACGGUCUUCCUACCAGGACAAAGUGGAGAGGCUGAACCAGGAGCUAAACCAUAUCCUGGGCGGGCAUGAGAACCGUAUCAUUGACGUGGAUGCACUGUGCAUGGAGAACAGGUACCUUCAGGAGAGGUUAAAGCAACUCCAUGAGGAGGCCAACCUCUUGAAAUCGAACAUUGCCAAGUACAAGAAUGCUCUCGAGAGACGGAAAAACUCAAAGGGCCAAGGUAAAUCCAGCAGCAGUGCUCUGACUGGAGUCCUAUCUGCAAAGCAAGUUCAGGAUUUGCUGUCUGAGGAUCACGGAUGCAGUCUCCCAGCUACUCCCCAGUCCAUUUCUGACCUGAAAUCUCUAGCAACAGCCCUGUUGGAGACGAUCCAUGAGAAAAACAUGGUCAUUCAGCACCAGAGGCAAACCAACAAAAUCCUUGGGAAUCGGGUGGCUGAGCUGGAAAAAAAAUUAAGAACUCUGGAAGUUUCUGGUUUGUGGAGUCUUCCAGGGGGCAAGGACACCAUACUGUUCAGCGAACCCGCUCUUCCUACCAUACAGAGGUCAAGGUCCCCACUGCUGAAGCUUGUUGAGCAGCCCACUGAGAACAAAGUGAAUCCCAAGGAUGGGCAGGUCCAGAAGCAAGCAGGAGAUGAAAGCUGCGCCGCUGCCGAGGCGUUGACAGCGCCUGAGGAUGCUGGGAAGCCCGCUGUCAGCCCCCCAGCAAGUCAGAGCCACGGGAGCCAGCACAGGCACUUUCUACCUUCGUUACCCCAGUUACCUUGUGAGGAAGAAGAAAUAAGCAGGCUUGGAAGGGAAAUAAUUAAACUGACAAAGGAACAGGCAGCUGCAGAACUGGAAGGGGUCAGAAGAGAGAGUCCCAUGGCAGGUCAGAGGAGGGAGACAGGGCCGUCCCCGCCAUACCUGGCCUCCAAGGGACAGCUCCCCAAGCGUUGCCCGGACUCCUUUGAGUCCAGCCAGCCAGAAGCUUCCACACUGGAAGAUGGUGAAGGGAUCCCAGGGCAGGGAGGCCCAAGGAGUGCUGUGAAGACCUGA